AUGGGCCAACAACAGUAUUGGCAAUAUUCAUAUUUUCCGAAUACUACCUGUGUUAACUGUACAGUUCGUAUAUCCUCGUCGUUUAACGACUACUCUUUGGAUGCCUAUUUGAUUUUGCAUGGCGAAGUUAAAUUUAAUACUAUCACAGCAAAAAAUUUGGAAAUUUAUUCUGAAGAUUUGUUCGGUAACAAAACUAAAAUUGGCAGCUUAAAAGAUUUGAAUACGAAUUAUACUGGACGUGGUUAUCUGUGGCCUUUAUUCAGUGCAUACGAUGGCAUAAUUCGGUUUGAAAAUUAUUAUAAAGCUGGAGUUCAUUCUGUUUUCCCAGAUACCAUAGAAUUUUUGAUUCGUCUGCGUCCCAAAGAUUUAAAUUGCUCUGAACCAUUGGUUUACGUUCUUCCUUCUCCAUCUGAACUGACAUUCCCAGUACUCAAUGACAACGACUUUAGCUGCUACUUUUCAUUAUAUUUCUCUGAUGCAAAUACAACGUCACUCACUUUUCAAGAUUGGAAUCUAGAGAAAGAUGACCAAGUAACUAUCAUUCCUGGCUUACAGCAAUUGGCCCUUCCUGUUGCCGACAACUCUACGGAAAACCAAAUAAAUACUGUUGCUUUUUACAUCAAGGCUACAAAUGCAGCAAAGUACGAAGGCUUUAGGGUAACAACACCUCGUGUCAAUCUGCUGAUUAAAAACUUUAGUAACUUCUCGGUGACUAUAACAACAGAAAAACCAAAAGACUAUUAUGCAAAAAGACUGGUCGGUCCUGGUGAUAAUGGUAGUUUUAUGUGCUCCUAUCCUGAGUAUCACGAAGUGGAAAUGGUUUCUAAAACAGGUGAUAUAAUUCAUAUAAACCUUGAGCUAACUGCAGAUCUAUCAGAAAAUGCAACUGUAUUAUUGACUGAAGGAAGUGACGGUAACCAGAAAUUUCUAUAUGAAUCUCCGAUAAACAAGGAAACUGUUGGUAUCGAUUUUCUUCAGUUUAAUUUCAAAUUCACUCCAAAAAGUUCAAAAUCUUCAUUUGUUGUUGCACGGUAUACAAUAACUAAAGGUAAUAUUUGUUGA